AUGGGAGACCGCAUCGACCACGACAGAUUCGGCAAGAUCCCAAACGAGUACAUUCCACAAAAGUUUCUACCAAUCUACAGGCUGUCUGGACUUUCGAAAAUCAGUGAUUCGUUAAUGGGAUACGAAAGAUGGGAAGAUGCAGCCAGUAUGGAAGAAGUGGAACAUAUUCUUAACAUGGAUCUACAGCGGUACGACAAGUGGAUUGAUGACUGGAACAAAAGAGCAGAAAAGGCCUUUAUCGGUGCAUUCCAGACAAUACGAAACAGGGAAAUUAAUGUUUAUACCGACCCCGAAGACGACGGAGAAGUGACUAGGUCUUAUUUUCAUCUUCAACAGACAAAGAAGGCUACACCUGCUGCGGAUCAACUGCUGUUAGAGCCCGAGCCUGAGUUAACUGUUGAGGAUAAAUCUGAGAGUGAGAAGGAGAGUGGGAAGGAGAAUGGGAAGGAGAGUAGUAGUGCUGAGCCAGAUGACGAUUCUUCGACUGACGAUGGCAAGGAUGAAGGUGGAUCGGAUGACGACAAGGAUAGAAAGCGCUCAUCCAAAAGUUCUCGGUUGCCUCCUAGUAAAAAGGCGAAACUCGAAGAUCCUAACGGCGGUUCGGAUAAGUUUGACUUUGAUGAUGGGAAGAAAUUUGAGAUGGGACAAAAGGCUCAUGAAAUGGGGGACGAGGACUUUAUGUUUGACACUGAACCCCCUAUCAAGAGAUCAAUGGGGGGAUAUAGAGCUCCUGCUGCCAACCAAACCAUGCUCAACUCUCUAUGUGAGUCGAACACUGUCUUGCCCAUCUGCAUUUUCACUUCUUCUGGCAUUGGUACCAAUCCCGUGUCGUCAUUGGUAUACCUUGGUGAUGCAAUAUCCAGACCCGAGACGGAAAGUGAGGAUGAGCCAGAUGAAGACAAGGACUCUGGAGUUCCCAAGCGCUCAGGCAACAGUACUCUGCAGCCAUCACCUAGUAAAAAGGCCAAAAUUGAUGAUCAUGUCACCUACUCGACUUUACCGAAAUCCGACGAUGAGGUGAGAUUAGAAGGAAGACAUCAACUGAUGGGAACGGUGGAUGGACAUGUGAACGAACUUGUCAAAAAAUGA